GAGAGAGAGAGAGAGAGAGAGGGGCACUGAAGAGGCAGUGAAGAGAGAGAGAGAGAGAGAUAUAGGCAAAGAGAAAAAGAGCCUGAAACAACAACUUAAGAUCAAAGCCAUUUGAGGUCUUUAGCAGAGGGCAUAUUCCACAAACAUAGUAAACAGUAGGAGGAGAUUUGCAGGAAAGAAAAGAAAAAAAAUUUUAAAAAAAAUGUCAGGUCCCUCACCAGUCACCACUAACUAUUUUGUUCUUUUCUUCUGCUUCUUAUUCUUCAAUUCCCCAUCCCCCACGCUUUUUAUCUCCCUCUCUCCCCCUCUCUCUUUCUCUCUCUCUCUCUCUCUCUCUCUCUCUCUCUCUCUCUCUUUAUAUAUUCUAACCAAUGAAGCUUUGUAAAUGUGACUUCCCCCUGUAUCAUUUCUCAUCUUCUGUUUCUUCUUUUCCUCUCAUUUCCACUCCAUUGACCACCAAGAAAAAGGUUCUCCUCCCUCCCUUUGUCUCUUUGCCCAUCUGAGAGAAUAUGGCUGUGUGGGUUCCUUUUCUACUUCCAUCACCUUUCCUAUCCUCAUCAUUAUACUCCCUCCCUCUUUUUUUCUUUUGUUUUUUGUCCCUAAUAACUGUUCCAUAGAGCCCCCCCCCCCCCAAACCAACUGUUCUUGCAGUUCUCAUGUUGAAGCAAUUCAAGAUGGGUUGUGACCUUCAGGUGGAUGUUAAUGGGGAGGAGACCUUCUUUGUGGAUAAGGAAAUCCUCUCAUCCUUCUCUUGUAAACUCAGCAAGUUAUUCAACAAUCCAUCAGCAAAUUCAUCUGCAAAGGCCCUCAAAGUUAUUUUCCAUGAUUUUCCCGGGGGACCGGAGGGAUUCGAGCUCUUCGCCAGAUUCUGCUACAAAAAUGGUGAUCUUCAAAUAACACCCUCCAACACUCCCCUCCUCCACUGCAUUGCCCACUUCAUGGAAAUGUCUAAGGCCACCCUCUCUUCCUCCCCAUGCUUGAUCAAUUCGACCCGAAAAUCUCUCGAAAUGAUCCAAUUUUGGACCUGGUCCGACACCGUGAACUCGCUGAAGCAAUGCCAAGAGCUCUCUGCAAUUUCCGGUUCUUCGGCGGUGUUAGGCAAGAUCUUAGACUCACUUUUAGCGAGAAUCGCUGCUAUAAGCGAUGCUAGCCCGUCCGACUCGCCGGAGAGCUCUGCUUUGCGGUUCUCGUGCGAUACGAGAAGCACCGUCAGCGUGAAAACUGGCAAUUCCCGAUCUUGGUGGUUCGAAGAUCUCGUAUUAUUGGACCCUCGCAUGAUCGAAAAAGUUAUCAAGGGAAUGCUUUCUCGGAAAAUCGAGCAUGGAACUAUCAGCAGGUUCCUCUUUUACUAUCUCAAGUCUAGAUUAUCGAAUGCCGCACUUUAUGAGAAGAAGAAGAAGGCCACUGAAGUUACCAUUGAGCUUCUCAAUUGUCUCGACGUAAACUCGGUUUCUUGCAAGCGAUUGUUCGGGAUUUUAAGAGUAUCUUCGUCUCUGAAGAUAAGCAGAGCUUGUCGAAGUACGUUGGAGGCGAUGAUAGGGGCCCAAAUUGAUCAAGCUUCGUUGGAUAAUCUGCUGAUUCCGUCGUCAACCUUGAUUGACAGCAUUUAUGAUGUGAAUCUAAUCUUGAGGUUCUUGAAGUCCUUUCUUGAUAUCGUGGGGAAGGAGCUGGUCGCGCGAUUGAAGAGGGUCGGGAGAUUAAUGGACUUGUACUUGGCUGAAGUUGCUCCUGAUUCUUGCUUGAAGCCCGCAAAGUUUGUCGCGCUGAUAGCUUCUCUCCCAGACGCGGCACGAGAUUGUCACGACGCCAUUUAUCGAGCAAUCGACAUGUAUCUCGAGGUUCACUCUCAACUGUCUGAUGAAGAGAAGAUGAAGAUAUGCUGUUGCAUAAACUACGAGAAGCUCUCCUCAGAGUGUUGCAAGCACCUCGCGAAGAACGCGAAAUUCCCGUCAAGGAUAACAAUACAAGCUCUCGUAUCUCAGCACUCGAAGCUCAGGAGCCUUCUCCAAGACACCAACAACAUCAAAUCUACUCAAAAAUCUCCCCUCAAGGGGAAACAGUGCGAGGAUGGCGAACAGAUCAUUCUCUACGCCAAAAAGCUUGAUUUGUCAAUAGAAAAUGAGAAGCUCAAAGCCCAUCUUCAAGGUAUGCAUUGGAGGGUCAUGGAAUUGGAGAAAGUGUGCAAGAAAAUGCAGACCCAGAUGACAAGCAUCAUGAAAAGCAGGAAAUAUCCUGCAACUAGCAGUGGGUCAAGAUCACUUCCUAGGCUCUGUUCAUGAUUAGUUCAGUUUUUAUUUUAGAGCUUUUUUGUGUGGUAUGGGAUGAUGUGAUUUUUGUACAUAGUAUUAUUAUUGGCAAGUGGAAUUUUCAGAGUA